AUGACUGUGGUAGCGCACUACCAGUCAGGACACGUAUUGGAAGAAAAUUCCGGCAUUUCUGAGAGCAAUAACUCCCGAGAGAGUUAUGUUGAGGGUGUGGAUCCCCAAUCACCUGCGGAUGUGUUUUUUCAAGAAAUCACCGAUUCAGUUGUUAUCUUGAUGAAUGACGGAUCAAGUGUAGGCGCUUACACACUUGAUGUGGUUACGCCCCCGAAGUCAGCUUCGGAUGUGGUCAAGUUGCCAACGCUAGAAUCUAAAAGAUUCUUGCGAGAUCUGCGUAGUGACAAGACCAAGCAGAUCUACGUCACAGAGGAUGAGUACGUCGCCGAUAUUCGGUCGGCACAAGUGUUUGCUGAGAAAGAACGGGUUUUCAGUAGCUCAUUUAUGGACGAGAGUGUCCUCGAUGAGAAGACUCGUAUUGAGCGAAACACAUCUAAACUUGGGAGUCGCUUCUGA